UGCACUAAGAUAUUGUUUCAUAUUUUAGGAUCGCAUGAUUCGUUCAGUUUUUGGGUUGAUGAGAAAUCUCCAGUUGGUCCAGAUCAGGCAGCGUCAAUCAAGCGCUUAGCAAAACUCUCUCUGGUCAAAAAGCUGAUGAAGAAAUGGUCUGUUACACAGAAUUUGACUUUUAAAGAACAACUAGAAUCUGGGAUUCGCUAUUUUGAUCUACGUGUGUCUUCUAAGCCAGAGGAGGGAAGAGAGAUCUACUUUAUACAUGGCUUAUAUGGAAUACGAGUAUGGGAUGGACUAACGGAAAUAAACACUUUUCUGAACAAUCACAGCAAAGAGAUUAUAUUGCUGGACUUCAAUCACUUCUAUGCCAUGGAACAUGAGCACCAUUUGUAUCUUGUCAAUAUGCUGCAAGAGGUGUUUGGAAGUAAACUCUGUACAGCUGAAUGCGUUGAAAAUAUAACAUUGCAGUACCUCUGGGAAAAAAAUUACCAGGUUUUGGUUUUCUACCACUACAAUUUAUGGAAUGAGUACUCCUUUUUAUGGGCAGGAAAUAAAAUGCCAGCACCCUGGGCAAACACAACCAACGUUCACAAGCUGCUUCAGUUUCUAGAAACAACUCUUGGAGAACGGUCUAAAAGAGGGACUUUCCAUGUAUCACAAGCUAUUCUAACCCCACAAGUUAAAACCAUUGUAAGAGGAUUGAAAGCUGGAUUAAAAAAUACUCUUGUCCACAGGAAUCUUCCAAUGAUAUUGAACUGGGUGAAGAUGCAGAAACCAGGUGCCAUGGGUGUUAAUAUCAUUACAUCAGAUUUUGUAGAACUGGUUGACUUUGCAGAGACAGUAAUUGGACUAAACUAUCUUUUACUAAGAAACAAAAAAGAUGACAGUUAA